AUGCUUCCCGAGCCGGCGUUGAGCUUCACCAUCCCCAGCCUGCACGACGGCACCGUGCUCGACUGUCGCGUCUACCACCCGGCGUCGCUGGCCGCGGCCAACCCUCGCGCGCCGCCGUGGGAGAGACACGCGGCCGUGGUUGCGCACCCCUACGCGCCCAUGGGCGGGUGCUACGACGAUCCGACGCUGGACAGUGUGGCCGCGGCCCUGCUGCGGACGGGCUAUCUCGUGGCCACCUUUAACUUUAGAGGCGCAGGCCACUCCGCCGGCCGGACGUCGUGGACGGCGCGGCCAGAGCGAGACGACUACGCGAGCGUCGUGGGCUUCACGGUGCACUACGCCCACUUUCUCGACCCCUUCGCCGACGGGGCCCCGAGGCGACAACGCCCCAUCCUCCUGAUGGGCGGCUACUCGUACGGCGCCAUGGUGACGGCGCAGAUGCCGCCGCUGGACCGGCUCCUGGAGCCGUUUGCCCGCCCGCGCGCCGACUCGCACGCCGCGCAGGUCCGCCUCCGCGCGCAGCACCUCGCCGAGCAGCAGAACCUGGGGGUCGUCACGCACCUGGCGACCAUGGCGCUGCUGCCGUGGCCGCGCGCGGGGCGGCGCCGCGACGUCGACGCCGGGGAGAGGAAGCUCGUGGAGAAUGCGACGCUGGCCGUCUUUGGCGACCGCGACGUCUUUGUGCCGGUGGCUAGGCUGCGCGCGUGGGUGGCCAGGCUGGGGGGGCAGGGGUCGCUGUUUGCCGCUCGCGAAGUCGCUUCCGCCGGGCACUUUUGGGGCGAGGACGGCGUGCUGGAUCUGAUGACGGAGAGUGUUGAGGCGUUUGCCGCUGGGUUGAUGCGCGGUGCUUGA